GUGCCGUCCUUGUCGUUUUUGACUCAAGCCAAGCGUCGUCAGAACGUCAGAAAUUAAAUUGUAAAUUUUGGAAAGUUAGCCAAAAUUUAACCAACCCGCCUGUGUUUUCUCACCUGAGGUGGACUAAGACGCCUGACCAGGUGGCGGAGUAGACAGUGUUUGAGGUUUUGGGGCGCAGGGAAACGGCCCAAGGAUGGCGGAAAUUAAGUCGGUCAAAGUAGACAACUGGGGAGUUUUCUUCCUGCAGAAAUUGCAGAAUUUCUUCAAUAAGACAGACUACUGCGAUCUCACGUUGCAAUUUAAGGACAAUUCCCAGCUCAAAGUGCACCGACUCGUGCUCAGUGCCUGUACGGAUUACUUCAAUCUCCUGGAAACAACGUGCGAGAUGCACGGAGACAUCCUCAUCAUGCCGCGGGACUUGCAGGCGGACGUGGUGGUGCCCAUUGUGAACUUCAUGUACACGGGCACCCUGGAAUUCGAGGUAUGCAUGUACGAGAGAUUGCUGAAGACAGCACGAGAUAUGAAUAUGACGGUAUUGCUGAAACUCCUGGAGGCACAUCGUCGCUCCAUUCCCACACGCAUGGCUCCGGUGAUUCUCAACAAGUCAGCCCAGCAGCAGCCACAGCAGCGUAUUGUACAGCGUACCCCCAAUGUGCGUCCCGUGGAGCGCACGUACGCAUCAGCUGGGAGGGUUGCCCACAUAGGUGGGGUGACCAUAAAAAAGGAACCGGGUGUGUCGUACAUCCGGAAACCCGACUUGGUACCCGAACCCGUGGCUCUUGUGUCAAAGUACCCACAUGUUGGCUCCAAAACGGGUCCAAGUCGCUUUGAGCCACCGGAUGAGAAUAUCACGGAAGCCUUUGAUUCCUCCUUCAAUCCCAUUUCAUACGAAAGUAAACCACUGAUUACGGCUGAGCAGAUGAAUCGCGAGGAAGACGAUGGGGAUGACAACAAGACGUCGGCAAUGUUUGAAAAGCUAAGAAAAUCCGGCUACACCAAUCCCAAUAAGCGUCCAGCUAUAACGAGUUCAUCUCCACCCAGCAAGAAACUCAACUUGCAGGACGUAAAGGAGUACACAGAGGCUGCAAAGAUGCGCAAACAGCUCGAAGCAGAGGAGGCGGAGGAUGAGCCACGGGACUAUGAUGAUGUUGAUGAUACGUACUCCAAUUCUAGCGAUGACCAGCCAGGUGGACGUGUUGUGGUCAAGACCAAGAAGGACACAAGACCCACGGUGGUUGUGCAGGAGAGUGGCAAAGUGAAUCAUGCCAAGAUAAUAAGCGAAGUGCUCAAGAAGUAUCCGCAUCUUGUGAAAAAUAACAAAAACAUCAAGCUGAAGAUUAUGCAGAAGAGCCCCCAGGGGACAACGAGGGAAGUCGAACCGGUGGAGGUGAAGGCAAAGCCAACAUUCAGAACAACCACAACACCCUCCCGCCCAGCCGUGGAUCCGAAGAAUUUAGCCCGAGGUGGGAGGAUUGAUAGCAAAACGAUGCACGCGCUGAUUGCGAAGGGUGCAGAGAAUAUGGAGGGUCCGUGGCUGUGCCUCCGCUGUGGCGUCGAUGGGCGCCCCAUUGGUAUUCCAACGUACAAAGGCUUCCGCCGGCAUUUGGUGAAUGUGCACAAUGAGAAGAUUGAUCCGCGGAUUUGCGAGCACUGCGGCUGGAAGGCACGGACAAGCCGCAAAGCUGAACUGUUCUACCAUAUUCUCGUGAAGCACAAGAUUAAGCCACCGGCGGAUGUUUCAUUCCCCAAAUGCAAGGAUUGCGCAUUCAUUGCACCCGAUGAGAUGACGCUGUCGAAGCACAGUGUGGACGUGCAUGGGAAGAAGAGGAUUCAGCAUCAAACGUGCAUCUACUGCAACAAGAGUUUCGCAUCGGAGACAGCACUGUACAAGCACAUGCACAAUCAGCACAAAACUCGCGCCAAGCAGGAUGGGAUUCUCGAUGAAUCCGAAGGGGAGGAGGAUGUGCAAGUGGGGGAGCAAUAUGUCGAUGAGAUGGAUAAGUACGUCCCGAAUGUGGAGAGUGAGCUCACCGAGAGUUCCGAUCAGAAGAUAAAGAUUCUCUCAAAUAUCUCCCUGCCGUCGACCAAGAGUAUCCCAUUUGUGCUCGAUCCAGCGGCACAGCAUGUCAAUCAGAUUCAGGGGAAGUCAGCGACAAAGCUGGAGCCGAGCAGUGAGGCUGAGGCAUUGAGUAAUGUAGCCAGUGGAAUUGCCACGAGCCUGGGACUCGUUGAGGGGAGUGUGGUGAUUGGGGAGACCCAAUACCAGGGAGAUGCGGAUUUGAUUUCGAGUCAAUACAUUGAAGCAGCCAUGGCGGAUGUGCAUGGGGAGGAGUAUGGAGAUAAGAAGGGAGAUCAGGAGAUUAUGACGAAGCUCGUGACGGAAGAUGGGUCAGAACUUGAGCUAACUGCAGCACAAAAGGAAGAGCUCAUGUCCCAAUUGCGAGGAUCAAAUGAUAACGUCGUGAUGGUACUCAAUCAGGACAAUUUUGUCGAGGGGAACACACAGAUUAUCAAUAGUGCUGACCAGAAGAUUGUUGUUGUGUACAGCCAGGCGGAUGAUGGACUCAAGGAAACCUACCUCCAUGCAUCGGAUAUGAAGGAAUCCGUCUUAACACCGAAUACCCCAAUGGAAUGGCAGGAGUCCAGCACUCAGGAUACGGAAGAUAAUUCCCAGGGAAACAUAACAUCACAGGAUGAGGAUGAGACAAAGAAAUCCGAAGAGGCUGCCGAGGAGGAGACCAGUGAGGUGAAGAAGCCGCGUGAGGAGGAUGGAAAGGCCGAAGAGAGCAGCAAAAAGUCCAAGAGUGAUGAGGAUAAGUUGAAAUUAAUUUCUGAGUUAGAAGGCGAUUGGAGUGAGGACGAAGAGAUGGGUAUGGAAGCUGCCAAAGUGGAAGUUACAAAGCCCGAGGACAUUACAGCAAUGCUGAGGACAACAGCUAAUGCAUCCGAUGAUGAUGGGCAUAUGAAGGGUGGGAGUGCCGUUGAGGAGGUGGAGCAGAAUUUAUCUGCACUCCUCGAGGAUUGGAAUAAUGAUUCCCAGACGAGUGCCAAGGAGACCACCACCGAGGAGCCGUGUGGGAAGAAGGAUGAGACGGACAAGGCGGCAGCAGCAGAAGCAGCUGUGGAGGCGGAAGUGAAGGAGGAGAAACCGGAGGAAGAGGAGGAGGAGGAGCAGGAAAAGGAUAAGAAGUCCCCCAAGAGUGAGGAGAGUAAGAAGAGCAGUGAAAUCAAGACCCUCAUCAAUGAUUGGGGUGAUGACGAUGAGGAUCUAUAGGAGUUUGAAACGUUUUUAGAAGAGAAUUUUAGCUAUUAGGCAUAAUUAGUGUAGAUGUUCUUCAUGGUGACCACAUCUUCCUUGAUCACUAAAAUCCUUCUUUUUUCCUCUUCUUGUUCUUUUUAAGGAGAUAACACGCAUAUUUACAAAUUUAUACACUAACAUUUUGAUUUAUGACCUUAGGAAGCAAGCUGAAAUGUUUUUUUUUUUUUUCAUUUAAUUAUUAAAAUAUCCUUACAUUGUAAUUUACAAUUUACAUGGAUUGAAUUCUCUAUGUAAUAAUCUUCUAGAGGAGUAUAAAUAAAGAGCAACACAUGCAUGGCUCA